GGAUUCUGUGUGUAGACAAGCAUGUCUAUGUUGCCCAUGAAAUGCAAGGAGACUGUACCCAAGGGUUCUCGGCGUCGGAGCGCCCUUCGUCGAACUUCUUUACUUCCUGCAGUGGUUCUCUUCUCGUCCUUACUCAUUUUCAAGGGGAUCAACGAUGCGUUUGUCGCCACGAGGUCUCCGAGAAAUCCAGAGAGGCACUUGCGACAUGCAGGAGCUCAAAAUGUCGAAGUCAUGGAGCGGGUAGAUGCUGCAGAGAAGUCUAAGCAGGAGCUUCUAAAGGCCUCUGAGUCGUUGGAAAUGGAAAUGGAGAAAAUUGAAACCAAGCUGCGUAAAGCUACUGCGUUCAAGUUGCCAGAAAGGGACGAACUCAGAACCCAGGCUGAGUCACUGCAGAUCAAAAUCAAGAAGAUCGCUGAUGAAUUGGACGAACUGCAGAAACUUGCAGAACCUGCAGCUGUGGAAUCUUUAGAAGAGGAUCAGAUUCAGGAAACUUCAGCUUCCGACAGUCCAAGUCAGAAGGCUCCUUUGUCAGAAAGACUCAGCUGGGAGAAGUUGGAGGCCAUGUCAAAUGAGGAAAGACUGGCACUCACCCAGGAAAUCGGCCCCGCCUUUGGUGUCUCUGUGGGCAUUGUGGCAUUUGUCUAUUGGUCAAUCACCCUGCCAAUUUUGCUCAACGCAUACUAUCAAAGUACCGGCGAAUGGCCACGAUUUGAGGAGCUCUUUUCCCUCUCAGAUGGUGGUAGAACAGCUGGUGCAGUUGCAGGAAUUCUGGGGCUUGCAGCCUUGAUGAAGCCAUUGCGCAUCGCUGCUGCAAUAGCCCUCACACCUUGGACAGCGGACAAUGUGCUUCCACUGAUACCGUGGCUGAAUUCUGCGAAAAAGGAGGAGAAGGAGAAGUCUGACAAGCCCUGAAUAGAAACUGUACAGCAAAUUCUUAACUGCGCAAUUUUCCGCUCUUGCAGCGCCAAGCAGCUUGCCCGCUGGGAAAAGAAGC